AUGACAAAACAUUUGUUCUCACGGCAGCUCUCUAGAGGAGAGGUGAAAGCGUUAUCUUUGGUAUCGGAGCGCGAACAAUGCGAAGAGCAUGCCGUAACUGCCACACUACCACCACAGAGGCCUUGGAUUCCACUUACGAGACCCAACAGGACUCGUCCAACAUGUGAAAUCAAUAGAGCAGCGGUCAGUGACGACUGUCAGCCGUCCAACACCCCAGCUCCCACUAACUACGUCUUGUUAGCACCUAUUGAGUCUUCUUACGUCACACAUCACACCGAACCGAGAACACUAUUUAAUGAGUCCUUUGGCUUGCCAAUCCCAACGGAGACCAUCCGUUCUCGAACGUAA